UGUGACCCUCAGAAAUAUACCGAAAUAUACCGCCUCUUUUUAAAAAAAAUUCCGAAGAAACGAAAGCUUGCCAAAACCAGCCAGAGGUUAAAAUAUAAUUUUGCGGUGAAAAUUAAGUCUUCUAUUUUUGUGGAACAAGCGAUUUGAUGUAACUGGUAUUUGACAAUCGACUGAUUGUAGAUUAUAACAGUUUAAAGAUGUUCGACAAGAAUAAAAAGGUUUCGGUCUUUGCCGCCUAUCGCGGCUCCGCAACCUCAAAAAAUUAUGUACAAAAAGGAACAAAGAAUUUCGACAAAAAUGGUGCCGCCAAAAAUAACAACAGGAACUUGGCCUCCAAAAAUGGGGGAAAGCUGAAGGGUCCGCUAAAAAGGAGCGGUAGCUAUAGCGACGGCGACAACGGCAGCAGCAGCAGCAGCGGCGAAGACGAGGAGGACGACAGCACCGACAGCAGAGGUGAGUUGUAUGAUUCCUCCGAGAGUGGCGAGGAAUACACGCUGAACAACCACUCGUCUCAAUCCUCGCCAGAAACUCCGGCUUAUACUCGUGAGUCACUGAAGCGUCGCAACGAUGAGGCGGAGGGCAGCAAGCCCAUCGGCGCCAAGCGUACUUCAUCCACUCCAGUCGGCCAGAAAGACGAGGAGGACGACAGCACCGACAGCAAUGGUGAAUUGUAUGAUUCGUCCGAGAGUGGCGAGGAAUACACGCUGAACAGCCACUCGUCUCAAUCCUCGCCAGAAACUCCGGCUAAUACUCGUGAGUCACUGAACCGUCGCAACGAUGAGGCGGAGGGCAGCAAGCCCAUCGGCGCCAAGCGUACUUCAUCCACUCCAGUCGGCCAGAAAGACGAGGAGGACGACAGCACCGACAGCAAUGGUGAAUUGUAUGAUUCGUCCGAGAGUGGCGAGGAAUACACGCUGAACAGCCACUCGUCUCAAUCCUCGCCAGAAACUCCGGCUAAUACUCGUGAGUCACUGAACCGUCGCAACGAUGAGGCGGAGGGCAGCAAGCCCAUCGGCGCCAAGCGUACUUCAUCCACUCCAGUCGGCCAGAAAGACGAGGAGGACGACAGCACCGACAGCAGUGGUGAAUUGUAUGAUUCGUCCGAGAGUGGCGAGGAAUACACGCUGAACAGCCACUCGUAUCAAUCCUCGCCAGAAACUCCGGCUAAUACUCGUGAGUCACUGAAGCGUCGCAACGAUGAGGCGGAGGGCAGCAAGCCCAUCGGCGCCAAGCGUACUUCAUCCACUCCAGUCGGCCAGAAAGACGAGGAGGACGACAGCACCGACAGCAGUGGUGAAUUGUAUGAUUCGUCCGAGAGUGGCGAGGAAUACACGCUGAACAGCCACUCGUCUCAAUCCUCGCCAGAAACUCCGGCUAAUACUCGUGAGUCACUGAAGCGUCGCAACGAUGAGGCGGAGGGCAGCAAGCCCAUCGGCGCCAAGCGUACUUCAUCCACUCCAGUCGGCCAGAAAGACGAGGAGGACGACAGCACCGACAGCAGUGGUGAAUUGUAUGAUUCGUCCGAGAGUGGCGAGGAAUACACGCUGAACAGCCACUCGUCUCAAUCCUCGCCAGAAACUCCGGCUAAUACUCGUGAGUCACUGAAGCGUCGCAACUAUGAGGCGGAGGGCAGCAAGCCCAUCGGCGCCAAGCGUACUUCAUCCACUCCAGUCGGCCAGUCGACAUCGGCUGCCAGGUCGAUACAGCAGCCAAAGGCGCCCUCCUGCCCCCUCCAACGUAGGUCAUGUCCGCUGCCCAGCAAAAAGAAUACGGUUCCAGUCAAGGUGGAGGUGGCGUCGCCUAACCGCGCGUUGCUGUCCCCACAGUCGAUCAAGAAGGAACCAGGGGACAGCAUGUUAUGCAGAGUUAAAAUCGGUUUAAUUAAAUCUGUUCAACCCGGAGGUGAUGUAGGAGCAGAGGCUGGCGCUGGUCAGGCCGUAAACCGCCUGGAGCCAUGCCAUGAAGUGCACAAGGAAAACAGCAUUGAAGUGGGAAAGCGGACCCUGGCUCAGCUCAUUGCUCCGAUGACGAUGGCCACUUUCUUGCGUGACCACUGGGAGAAGAGUCCAUUUAGAGUGAAAACAACGACCUCAGGUGGAUUCUCCAAUCUAAUAUCGUUCAAGAUGAUCGACCAAAUGCUGAUCCAGAACCACGUGGAGUAUACCACCAACAUCGAUGUAACCAGCUAUGAGGACGGCGUGCGGAAGACCUUGAACCCUGACGGUCGUGCCUUGCCCCCUAGCGUUUGGGCCCACUAUCAACGCGGCUGCAGCAUCCGUAUCCUGAAUCCCUCCAGCUACCUUGUCCAGCUGAGGCAGUUGUGCGUCAAGCUGCAGGAGUUUUUCCAUUGCCUGGUGGGGGCCAAUGUCUACCUGACGCCCCCCGAGAGCCAGGGAUUCGCACCGCAUUACGAUGAUAUUGAAGCCUUUGUUCUCCAGGUGGAGGGCAAGAAGCGCUGGCGCAUCUACGCCCCCACCAAAGAACUGCCCCGUGAAUCGUCGGGCAACCUCAGCCAGACCGAAUUGGGCGAUCCCAUAAUGGAUAUAGUACUGAUGCCCGGCGAUCUCUUAUACUUCCCACGCGGCUGGAUCCACCAGGCCAUCACAGAGAAGGACUCCCAUUCGCUGCACAUUACCCUCAGCGCCUACCAGCAGCAAUCGUACGCCAAUCUGAUGGAGAAGCUCAUGCCCCUGGUUGUUAAGGAGAGUGUCGAGCAGACCUUGAAGCUGCGCAAGGGGCUUCCGCUGGACAUCUUUCAGAACCUUGGCGUGGCCAACGCCGAAUGGAACGGCGUGCAUCGCCAAAAGUUGAUACAGCAUAUCCAGAAUCUAGCACAGCGUCUGGUGCCCACCGAGGGUCAGAUCGAUCGGGCCUUGGACCAAUUGGCCAUAAAAUUCCAGCACGAGGCCCUGCCACCCACCAUUGCGCCCCAGGAGUUGAAACGCACUGUAUUCGGUGCACAGGCUACCGCCGAUAGGAAUGGCCAUUGCUCACUUGAUUACGAACUCGCAGAGGGGACGGCAGUGCGUCUGCUGCGUGCCAAUAUCGUACGCCUGACGGUCGACGAGGGUGUCCUGCGCUGCUACUACUACACGGACAAUGGUUUGGAGUAUUGUAAAUAUGAGCCAAACUUCUUUGAGCUGGAACCGUUCCAUGGUACUGUUAUUGAGACGCUAAUUCAUGCCUAUCCCGAUUAUACAAAGAUCAAAGAUCUACCCCCGAUGGGAAACGAUGAAGACCGCUUGGAGUUUGUCGAAGCCCUCUGGGAGCGCGGAAUCCUUAUGGUUGAGAAGCCCUUCAAAAAAGUAUAGGCUCGGGAAUUCUUCCCCCCUCAAAAUAAACGAACCCAAAGCGAGAGUCGAGUCCUAGUAAUCUAAGAUAUUCCCUGUUCUGUUCACCAUUUGUAAUUUUUGUUAGCCCGCAGUGUCUUUAAUGUUAUGUGUCGAGUCCUAGGGCAGCGCCAACAGCAUGAAAAUUAACAAGAACAUUAAUUAAAAGAACAAAUAAAUAAUCCAAGGGAUGCAACAUU